AUGGAGUCACAGGCGGCGAUGCUCCUGGACCCCAAAGCCUAUAAAAAGAGACUCCAAAGCAAUGGUAAUGAUCCUGCUACUCCUCUCCUUCCCAGAGACCAGCAACUUUUGAAUAUCCAACCGUUCGACAAAAUGCCGCAGGUCCCAGAUGAAACUUCUGCUUCUCCCCCUCCGGACCCCAUGGACCUGGACUCGACUGAAUAUUGUGACUUACUUCCUACAGGCGCGUCACAGCAGAAUAUGACCCGAUCUCCCCGCGAUUCUGCGCCGCCUAUUGCGCCGCCAGGAACUGUCCCUCUUGUCCGCUCUUUCCAAGUCGAAUCCCGCAACCCCUCCAGAACUACCACUCCGGCCACGUCUAGUCCGGCCCCAAGCAACGCGCCAAAGCCAGAAUCAGAUCCGGCUGUGCAGUUCAGCAAUGUGAAUGACGAAGGCAACGAAAGCGAUGCCAAGCGGAGCUACUACGAAAUUAGCGACGCAGAAGAUCUUGCACGUCCUCGAAACUUGAUUGAGGGUGUAUACGGCGUGGAACAGCGGAGGCAUCCGCCGAUGGUCAAAAAGCAGAGGCUGGAGGAAGACUCCAAGGCUGACUUUGCGAAAAGGCAUGUUGCAGUUUCGGGCGACAGUGGUCUCGGCCAAUUUAUGAAAGACGGCGAGACCAAACCAACACCGCCACCUCCAGCAGCCGACGUGGUGGACUUGACGGCAUCCGUCUCAAAUGACGACGAUGAUUUGCAAGUGACCGGAUCUAAUGACCUAAGCUGCCAACGGGUGUGCUUUGGCAAGGUUGAGAAUGCCAUGGUCAAUGCCAACCUGGUCCCAAAACCGCUUGCAAACCCCAUCUUUGGGGACGAGGCAAAUACAUGGCCAACGAUGAGACUUCAUGUGCUUCGCCAGCCGCGCAACGACGCUCGGAUCGAUGUCGCAGAUCCGCACAAGAAAAUCUUCGGGGUGGUGGAUGCGAAAACAGCGCAAGCUCUGUGUCCUUUGCUAGAUCACCCCGCUGUGCCUCUGGAAAUUACAGCGCGCUUAGACAUGCGCAAAAAGGUGCCAGGGGAGGUUGUCUGGGGCCCCACUUCGGGAAUCUAUCGGGCGUCGCUUAUACUCUAUGGCGAGCGACGACAUGCAGCCAGUAUUGGCAACCAUCUGGGCCAAAGGAAUGUCUGGCUGGGCACACCUCAAUUUGUGGAGAGUGGCGUGCCGUUAUUUAAUCCGCAUGCAGAGCGUAGGCAGGCGCUGGCAGCUGCAGCUGCAGCAAGCAACAAUGGUCGUGAUCGACCAGGGCAAGGUAUCCGAUACGAAGUUCGAACAGCCGAGGAGGUGAACGAUGCCGUCAUGAAGAUGUUCGAUCAACUUGUUACUGCGGAUAUCCCAUCAAUGGAGGCUCCACCGCAGGUGAAGACCCCUCUUCUGCACCACCAGAAACAGGCGCUUUGGUUCAUGACGGAGAAGGAAAAGCCCCGCAAAUUUGGGCCAAAGGAAGAGGAUAACAAUUCGCUGUGGCGUCUUGAGAUCCGGCCCAAUGGAAGCAAACAAUACCGAGACAUCAUCAGCGGUAUCGUCGUUGACCAGGAACCUCCGCAGAUCCUGGGCGGCCUUUUGGCCGACAUGAUGGGCCUCGGAAAGACGCUUAGCAUUCUUUCCUUGGCUCUUUCUUCACUCAAGGAAUCUCGCGAAUGGACAAGAGAGAUGCCUGACCGCCAUCUCGUUCGCCAAACCCCAGGCAUUCGCAACACCAAGACAACUCUCCUGGUUGUGCCACUCAGUGCGGUCAACAACUGGGUGGGCCAGAUCAAAGAGCACGUCAGGCCGAAGACUAUUACAUACUAUGUCUACCACGGCACAUCACGCACUGCCAAUGUGGACGAGCUCGCUGGCUUCGAUUUGGUGAUCACAACGUAUAGCACGAUUCUCAGCGAGUAUUCAGGCAGGGGUACCAAACGCGGAACUCCCUUGAAAAAAAUGAACAUGUUCCGCAUUGUCUUGGAUGAGGCACAUACGAUCCGCGAGCAGGGGGCUCAGCAGACGAAGGCAAUUCUCAACCUUUGCUCUCAGCGUCGCUGGUCUGUGACCGGUACGCCCAUCCAGAAUCGUCUAGAGGAUCUCUUAUCGGUCACCAAGUUCCUGAACUUGUUUCCCUACGACGACCGUGCUCGGUUUGGUCAGUACAUCUUGAGCCCGUUCAAGACCGGCGAUCCCACUGUGCUGGCCAGUCUGCGUGUGUUGGUCGACUCGUUCACGCUGCGCCGAGUCAAAGACAGGAUCGAUCUUCCACCCCGUGAGGACAAGAUCAUAACCCUCGAUUUCUCCGAGAAGGAACAUAAGCUGCAUGAAUUCUUCCGCAAUGAAUCCCAGGUUAUGAUGCGCGUCAUUGCGAACGAGAGCAAAACAAAGAUGGGCGGUCGAAUGUACCACCAUGUGCUCAAGGCCAUGAUGAUUUUGCGUCAGAUCAGUGCUCACGGUAAAGAGCUUCUUGAUGUCGACGAACGCGAAAGAAUCAAGGGCAUGAGUGUCCACGAUGCCAUUGAUUUGGAAGAAGGCGGCACCGACGACAGCCUACUUGCGAUGAACAAAAAGGCCUAUGAAAUGUUCAUGCUCAUGGGACAAGACGGGGUUCCACCAUGCCAGAUUUGCAACACCCCCUUAUCCGAGCCUCUCACCAGCUCAGGGGCAGUUGAUCCUAAUACGCCAAUGGCCAUCUUCCUGCCGUGCUGGUGUGUCCUUUGUCCUGACUGCUUCAAGGGCUGGAAAAAUGCGUUUGACUCCACAUCUGAAACGGAGCUUCAGUGCCAGGUCUGUGGUGGCUGGAUACCUAUGAAUUAUGCCACCAUCACUGCAGGUGGCCUCGAAGAACAGCAGGUGCAAGGAAGCGCCAAGAAGGCGAACAAGAUGCUCGGGGAAUACGAGGGCCCGCACACGAAGACUCUCGCGCUGAUGGAAUACCUGGAAAAAACUGCAGAAGAUAGUAAGCAGUUGAUCGGAGAGGCUCCCAUCAAGAGCGUGAUCUUCUCGGCCUGGACUUCCCAUCUUGAUUUGAUUGAAAUUGCUCUACGUGACAGAGGCCUGGGCAAGUGGGCUCGCCUUGAUGGCACUAUGACUCUUCAAGCACGUGGUAAAGCGCUGGAUGCUUUUGCCAAAAACAACGAGAUCACGAUUCUCCUGGCCACCAUCGGUGCUGGUGGUGUCGGCCUCAAUUUAACCUCGGCGUCUCGGGUGUUCAUCAUGGAACCCCAGUACAACCCAGCAGCAGUGGCCCAGGCCGUGGAUCGAGUCCACCGACUCGGCCAGCACCGCCCUGUGGAGACGGUGCAGUUCAUCAUGAAAGGCAGCAUCGAGGAAAAGAUCCUCGAACUAGCCAAGAAGAAGCAGCAGCUGGCCGACAUGUCCUUGAACCGCGGCAAGCUGGACAAGCGCGAAGUGCAAGAGGCACGCAUGCGGGAAUACCGUAGCCUAUUUAAAUAG